UUUAAUUUAGUUACGUUUACAUUUUUUAAUCCAUUUUAUUUUUAACUACUUAAUGACUCUCACUACUUAACCUUUAAUUAGAUUAGUUGAAUAUCUUGUAAUUUUUUAAAACCAAGUUUAAAAAUCUAUUUGUCUUGAGAUUGGAAAAUUUCAAAUUCUCAAAAAGCUUAAAAAAAGCUAAAUAUUAAUUGAUUCAUUUCAUUUUGUUUUCCUUCACUUUCUUUGUUUCUUUCUCACUUUCUCUCUCUGGACUUAGAUUUUGUUUACAGGUAACCAUCCAACAAAUCACAUCUAUUUCAUCUUGUUCUCAACACAACCACACCUAGAAGUUAAAACCCUCUCAUUCAUUUCUCUCCCUCUUGUUUUAUUUCUCUCUCUCUCUUGGUUAUUGAUGUUAUUGUUUUUCUUCUUUCAAUUUUUCUCUCUACGAGUUUGCAAUAACUGAGUGAGUCUCAUAGAGAUAAGAGUUAUUAGUAAAUAAACUAAUUACAAUCAGUUAACCAAGAGAAUAAACUAAUUUCGGUUAGAAAGGAGAGGAGAGAAAAAGACAGAGAAAACUACAACCAACAAGUGGAAUUAAGUUAUUACAUCUUCUGGUUGAUUGAUUCUUUAAUCAUCCAUUUUAUUGGUGAUAAGUGAAAUUCUACUUAGUAACUCAAGGAUUUAAUCAAGAAGAGAAAACGAAUUAGAUUAACAUGGUAAAAGGUAAUAGAGUUGGUGUUGAUCAAGAUCAAGAUCAAGUUACUGUAAGCUUAGAAAUGGAUCGGAUUUGGAAACCAGUAUUUGACAAAUAUGACACAGAUGGAAAUGGUAGAAUACCAAUCGGUGCAUUUAGACGUCGUAUCAUGGAAGCAAAUGAAAGGCUCGAAGAAGACAUUCCUCGUGAAGUUCUUGAUGAAAUUAUCGAAAGAGUUGAAUGGGAUCAUGAUGGUUACAUUUCCUAUUCCGAAUUUAUCUCAAUGGUUAAAUCACGAGAAAUGGGAGCUCAUAGACCGCGACUUCAUCGAUUAAUCCGUUAUGCUGCCAUUGCUGUUGUCCCUAAAUCUCAACGACAAUCGGUGAUUAGACGUUACAUCGAGGAGUAUAACUGUUCACCUCCGCCAUUGUUUCUUAUGUUAAUCUCUAUUGUAGAGAUUGCAGUUUUUAUCUAUUAUUGUGUUAAAAUGAAAACUUUCUCAGCCACCGGUCCAGUGCCUUUUGAUAGUUCUCUUAUUUAUGAUCCUUAUCGUCGUUACGAAGUUUGGAGAUAUCUCACCUAUGCUCUAAUUCAUGCCGGAUUUUUUCAUCUUUUCUUUAAUCUACUUGUUCAACUUCUUCUUGGUAUUCCAUUGGAAAUGGUCCAUAAAUGGUGGAGAGUCGGUCUAGUCUACUUGAGUGGUGUAUUAGCGGGAUCUCUUGGCAGUUCACUUUCAGAUCCGAAAUCAUAUUUGGCCGGAGCAUCGGGUGGAGUCUAUGCAUUAAUAGCUGCACACUUGGCGAACGUUGUUAUUAAUUUCAAUGAAAUGGAAUUUGGUGUAAUCAGAGCAGUCGGAUUAGUGGCAUUUGGUACCAUUGAUGUCGGUGUUGCGAUGUACAACCGUUAUACUCAAAGUGAAAAAACUCGAACCUCUUAUUCAGCCCACUUUAUGGGUGCAUUAGCUGGUUUUCUUGUCGGUGUAAUGGCCUUAAGAAAUUUAAAGGUCAAAAAAUGGGAAAAACGACUCGGCAUUAUCGCUUUGGUGUUAUAUGUUAUUCUUAUGGGAUUUUGUAUCUCUUUUAAUUUUGGUUAUUCUGAUUACUUUCCAAAGCCUCGUAAAUAAUUCACCUCAUCAUCAUAUCCAUAAUUGUGGCAAUCAAGGAAACUACUACUUCAACCUACCAGCAACAUCUAUUUUAAUUCACUUGGACACUUAAUUGUUACAAAUUGCUCAAACUACCAAAUAUUUUUGCCUUCAAGAGGAAAAUCUUUUCCAUAAUCCAAGUUUUUAAAUCCAAUAGUUACAUAUCUUUCAUCCUCAUCAUUUUAAUUUUCCAACAAACUAUCAAUUUGUUUUUUAAAAUGCUACUGUGGGUAUAUUACAGUUUCGUCAAUAUUUUAAUUAAAUAUUGAAGUUACUCUUUCUGUCUUUUGUAAAUUUUCACAAUACUUAAGUUGAAUUUGUCAAGAACAUGUUACAAUUGUCAGAUUCUUUUCCAAUGCUGUUCUGGAUGAACUCAGGUCAGUUUUGAUCUGGUUUGGUCGAUUUGAACAUAAUUAAUGUCCAGUUAACAAUAAUUAUGGAUCUUGGACAAUUUUUACUUCUAUCUUUUUUAAAUUUACAAAAACAAAUGAUUGACUCAAAUGUCUAAUUAAAAGAUUGGCGAAACUUAAUUCAGUACCACUAUUACAAUAUCAACAAUUUAAAUCAAUGUUGAUAUUCAAAAUGAUCAACAAUAAACACUUUACAAUAGUAA